AUGACCAGGGAAGAAGGUUACAGAGAAGAAUUUAAUUAUGACAGGAUGCCAACUUUGGAGCGUGGAAAACAAGAGAAUGGAAAUUAUGUACCAGAUAUCAAAUCUAGUGACCUUCAGAUAUCAACGAGGUUUCAUCCUUGUUUUAGUUAUAGAACAUGGAUCUUUUCUUUGUUGAUGGGGACUUGCCUUCUUGUUACUUCUGGAUUUUCACUUUAUCUGGGAAAUGUUUUUCCAUCUGAAAUGGAUUAUUUACGUUGUGCAGCAGGUUCAUGUAUUCCUUCAGCAGUUGUGAGUUUUGCUAUAGCAAGAAACAAAGUUAAUGUGAUACCCAAUUUCCAGAUUCUAUUUGUUUCUACAUUUGCUGUAACAACAACGUGUUUAAUUUGGUUUGGAUGCAAACUUGUCCUUAAUCCAUCGGCAAUAAAUAUAAAUUUCAACUUGAUUCUGCUAAUUCUGCUGGAAAUCUUCAUGGCAACUACUGUGAUCAUUUCAGCUAGGUCUAAUGAAGACUGCUGUAGGAGGAAGAAAAGUACCGUAUAUGACAGUACCAGCGUUUUGAAUGAUGUCAGCUUUCCUACUCGAAUUCUGAAAUCCUAUUCAGUAAUUGAAGUGAUUAUUGGAAUUUCUGCAGUAUUUGGUGGAAUAAUUGCUUUGAAUAUGGAUGUGUUAGUCUCAGGUCCAUACCUUUCAGUAACAUUCUUUUGGAUCUUAGUGGCUUGCUUUCCAAGUGCCAUUGCAAGUCAUGUAGCUGCUGAAUAUCCCAGUAAAUGUUUGGUUGAGGUCCUGAUUGCUAUAAGCAGUGUCACUUCUCCAUUGUUGUUCACUGCUUCUGGAUACUUAUCCUUCAGUAUCAUGCGAGUUAUUGACAUCUUUAAAAAUUAUCCACCAGGAGUUAAACAAUCUUAUGAUAUACUUCUGUUACUUCUGAUGCUGAUGCUGUUAAUUCAGGCAAUGCUUACCAUUGGCACUGUCAUCCAGUGUGUAAGUUAUAAGACAAAAAUGAAGCUGCAUGAUUCAUCUUGGGCAAUGCCACAGAUUAAUAAACAGGAGUACAGAACAAUGGAGGUUUCCAAUAAUACCAUAAAGGAUUUUGACAAAGACAAAGCCUGGAAAGCUGUUGUGGUACAGAUGGCUCAGUAA